AUGUCCAAGAAAACACCUGAUGGCAUCGUGCCACUCAAAGAGAUACGAGAUGGGUACAUUAUGUCCCUCUCUUUAGGCUCGCCUUCUCAAACCAUCCACAACUUAUUCCUUAGCACGGGUAGCGAUCUCGUCUGGGUGCAUUGUGGGAAUUUAUCCAACCCUUUCGAAUGCAUCGAUUGCACCGACCCGUACAAUAAAAAAUACAAUUUUUCAUUUUUCAAUCCUUCCUCGUCAAAAUCGAUAUCAAGCGAGCCUUGCACGAGUCCUCUUUGUGCCGAUAUUCAUACCUCCGACUAUUACAACACCUGCACCGCGGCCGGUUGCGUGUUGAGGGACUUUGUCAACGUCAAGUGCUCUAAACCGUGCCCUUCGUUUUCGUACUCUUAUGUCGAUGGGUCCGUGGCCGGGUUUCUUGCUAAUGACACCAUCGUACUCAACGCAAACAAUCAGCACAAUACGAAGCAAUAUAUUUCUUUCGGUUGUGUUCGGUCCUCAUAUAGAAUGCCGUUGGGUAUCGUAGGGUUCGGGAAAGGCCCGCUCUCACUCCUUUCGCAGCUAGGGUUUUUGGAAAACGGGUUCGCUUAUUGCUUUUUAUCUUUCGAAUUCUCGAGCAACCCUAAUUUCACCCCAAUACUCGAGAAUCCCACGUACCCGAAUUUCUACUACGUUGGUCUCGAGAGUGUUACCGUGGGCAACAAGGUAAAUAUACAAGCUCCCGAAAGCUUGAGAGUGUUUAGCCCGUCGGGUAAAGGCACCAUGAUGAUCGACUCCUCAACUAGCAACACUCAUUUACCCGAUCCUCUUUAUUCGCAACUUCAAGAGGCGAUAAAGUCCAUGGUAAAAUACAGUCGGGCUUCAGACGUGGAGGCUAAGUCGCCGUUUCACCUAUGUUACCAUGUCCCUACCAAGUAUGCGAAAAAACCCGGCGGUUUUCCCUCGAUCACUUUCCAUUUCUUGAACAAUGUGAGCCUUAACCUACCCGCUGGGAAUGUCUUUUACAAAGUGGCUCCACCGAAAAACGGGUCUCAGCCCGUGUGUCUAAUUAUGCAGGAAAUGGAUGACGACGAGGUAGAAGCUUCAGCCGUGCUCGGAAGCUUUCAACAACAGAACAUCGAAGUUGUUUAUGAUCUACAAAACGAGAGAAUCGGGUUUCAGACAACUGACUGUGUCUCGUACGGAAAGCGAUAUGGGAUUCGAAUGGACAUCAACUAG